UACCUACAAUUAUAUUGCAUAUUACGUGAUUCAGAGUGAUGGUGGAUUUGUUGCACUUUUACACCUCAUAGCAUCACGACGCUCUGCAUUAACAGUUUUUUCACUGUCAGAUUUAUGAUAACUUUUCGUAGCUUAAUGAAGGCGAGGACAGUUGCGCAUACUGUUCGUAUUUGUUGAGUAAAAGUGAACAACAAUAAAAUGAUCACACUUGACGUGUCAAAGGUGUUUCCUGGUAACACACCACAGAUUCUGGCGACGGUAACGGGAACCCUAACUGCGUUAUCCGAUGGUAUGCAUUAUGGAUGGUCCGCUCCCAUGAUACCCGUGUUGCAAUCACCCUCAAGUCCAGUGGAAAUUGCAGAUUCUCAUAUAGUAUGGAUAGAAAACAUAUACAUGUUCGGAGGACUAGUUGGUUUACCAAUUACAAUGUUCACUUUAGAUAAGUUAGGGAGGAAAAACACAAUGCUAAUUGCAGCGGUUGAGUAUUUAAUUGCAUGGCUGUUGAUAGCCUUCGCCUCAUCGAUUGAAAUAAUAUUUGUGGCACGCUUUCUAACUGGAAUAGCUGCAGACACCAACUUUGUAGCGACACCGAUAUACAUAGCAGAAAUAUCUCAGAAAAAAAUACGGGGAAGAUUAGGAUCCCUCAUAUACGUAAUGAUGCUGAUCGGUAUUUUGCUGAUUUAUUCCAUUGGACCAUUCGUAUCAAUCGUGGCGUCGUCUACUGUUGGAGCGGCCCUUAUAAUUUUGCAAUUAUCCACCUUUUCAUUUAUGCCCGAUAGCCCCUAUUAUCUUUUGAUGAAGAAUAAGAAAGAGCAAGCGAGACGGGCUUUACAAAUACUACGAUCAUCCAAAGACGUGGAUGAUGAGUUGGACGAAAUCGCUAAAGUAGUGGAGGAGGAAAAUAAAGUACGCGGUCGACCGAAGGAAUUAUUGACCGUUAAAAGUAAUCGAAAGGCCAUUACAAUUAUGACCGUGCUUUGUUUUGGGCAGCACUACAGCAGUAUUAGUGUAAUGCUCAUGAAUAUUCACAUGAUUUUGGAAGAUGCUGCAUCGAUUAUACCAGCAAGUACUGCCGCCAUUGUAUUUGCCGCAUUGAUGCUUUUGGCUUGCACAUUAUCUGCUUUCCUUAUUGACAAGGUUGGGAGAAAAGUUCUUUUGCUGUCAUCGAGUUUUCUGACUGGACUGUCUCUGUUGGCACUCGCCUCUUACUUUGCCAUUAAAGAAAAUGACAUCGACGUUACGGAUUACAACUGGGUGCCAGUUGCCGCCGUGAUGGCAUACGCGGUUACCUUCAAAUACGGCUUAGGACUAAUACCAAUUGUAAUGACUGCCGAGUUGUUCCCUACCAAUAUUAAAGCAAUUGGUUGCACCUUAUCGGAUGCCAUGUAUGUAAUUGCAGGUGCUUCGUCAAUUUACCUCUUCCAUUUUUUGCACGAUACUUUCGGCAUGCAUGUACCGUUCUUCCUUUUUGGAUGUUUGUGCUUGCUCGUCGGUAUCUUUGUUAUAUUCGUCAUACCCGAAACGAAGGGGAAAACUUUGGACGAAAUUCAACAAUUACUGAAAGGAGAGCGGUUGUCAAAAAAUAAUUCCAAGGAGGUCAAUGGAAAUGCCUAAGAAAAAAUACAUCAACAUUCGAGUUGUGAUGUUUAUAAAUAUUUCUCGUAAAACUGUAUUGUAGAUUUUAAGUUAAAGAUAAAUGUAGACUCUUAUAUUGGGCGAUACAUUGAAUAAUAAAUCUGAAUCAGAUUUAUUAUUCAAUGGCGAUACUAAAUGACUGCGAACAAGGAUCUUCGCUGUGAAUUUAUUCAAUGUUUAGUAAAUAAUCA